AUGGAGAGAAUGAGGGGGAGGAGACUGUUCUCGGUGAGGGAAGAGCAGCUGCCAGCAUUAGCAAGGGGCACAGGCUGUGGUCCGGGUGCCCCUCAGCUUCCCCUCCCUCUCCCUGCUCAGCUGACCCAGCGUCUGGACCUGCAGGGCAACGUGCUGCAGGAGAUCCCCCCGGCUGCCUUCCGGGACCUGCCUCACCUGACGCACCUGGACCUGCGGCACUGCCAGGUGGGGCUGGUGGCCGAGGGCGCCUUCCGAGGCCUGGGCCGCCUGCUCCUCCUCAACCUGGCCUCCAACCGCCUGCGCGCGCUGCCCCAGGAGGCGCUGGACGGGCUAGGCUCGCUGCAGCGGCUGGAGCUGGCGGGGAACCUGCUGGAGGAGCUACGGCCAGGAACGUUUGGGGCGCUGGGUGCGGUGACCACGCUGAACCUGGCCCACAACGCCCUGGUCUACCUGCCCGCCAUGGCCUUCCAGGGGCUGGUGCGCGCCCGCUGGCUGCAGCUGUCGCACAACGCGCUCAGCGUGCUGGCCCCCGAGGCUCUGGCGGGCCUGCCUGCCCUGCGCCGGCUCAGCCUGCACCACAACGAGCUGCAGGCCCUGCCCGGGGCGGCCUUGUCCCAGGCCCGCGGCCUGGCCUGCCUCGAGCUGGGCCACAACCCCUUCACCUACAUGGGCGAGGAGGAUGAGCUGGCGCUCCCCGGCCUGCGGGAGCUGAGGCUGGACCACGGGGCCCUACAGGCCCUGGAUGCCCGGGCCUUUGCCCGCUGCCCCCGCUUGCAUACCCUGGAUCUCCGCGGGAACCAGCUGGACGCCCUGCCGCCGCUGCAGGGCCCGGGGCAGCUGCGCCGGCUGCGGCUGCAGGGAAAUCCGCUCUGGUGCGGCUGCCGGGCCCGGCCGCUGCUGGAGUGGCUGGCGCGGGCGCGCGUGCGCUCGGACGGCGCGUGCUGGGGGCCGCGGCGCCUGCGCGGGGAGGCCCUGGACGCCCUGCGGCCCUCGGACCUGCGCUGCCCCCGGCCCGGGGCGGAGGAGGAGGAGGAGGCCGAAGAGCUGAAGGCCGCGCCGCCCCGCGCCCCUGACGGCGCCCCUGGGGAGGAGGCCGGGGCGGCCGGGCCCUGCCCGCGCACCUGCGUGUGCGUCCCGGAGUCGCGGCACAGCAGCUGUGAGGGCCGGGGCCUGCAGGCAGUGCCCCGCGGCUUCCCCAACGACACCCAGCUCCUGGACCUCAGGCGGAACCGCUUCCCCGUGGUGCCCCAGGCGGCCUUCCCGGGCCUGGGCCGCCUCGUGUCGCUGCACCUGCAGCACUGCGGCCUCACGGAGCUGGAGGCGGGCGCCCUGGCGGGGCUGGACAGCCUCGUCUACCUCUACCUGUCGGACAACCGGCUCUCCGGCCUCAGCGCUGCCGCUCUCGAGGGCGCCCCCCGCCUGGGCUACCUGUACCUGGAGCGGAACCGCUUUGUGCGGGUGCCAGGGGCCGCCCUGCUCGCUCUGCCCAGCCUCUUCUCCCUGCACCUGCAGGACAACGCCCUGGACCACCUGGCGCCCGGUGACCUGGCAGGUGGGCGGGCCCUGCGCUGGCUCUACCUGAGUGGAAACCGCCUCGCCCGAGUGUCCCCUGGGGCGCUGGGCCCCGCUCGGGAGCUGGAGCAGUUGCACCUGGACAGGAACCGGCUGGGCGAGGUGCCCACUGAGGCCCUGGAGGGGCUGCCGGCCCUCCUGGAGCUGCAGCUCUCUGGGAACCCGCUCCGGGCCCUACGAGAUGGCGCCUUCCGGCCCGUGGGCCGUUCACUGCAGCACCUCUUCCUGAACAGCAGUGGCCUGGAGCAGAUUUCUCCUGGGGCCUUCUCGGGCCUGGGGCCCCAGCUCCGGAGCCUACACCUGCAGAAGAACCAGCUGCAGACGCUGCCCGCCCUGCCCGGUCUCAGUGAGCUGGAGCUCGUUGACCUCAGCGGCAACCCGUUCCACUGUGACUGCCAGCUGCUUCCGCUUCACAAGUGGCUGGCUGGGCUGAACUUGCGCGUGGGGGCCACCUGUGCCACCCCUCCCAGUGCCCGUGGCCAGAGGGUGAAGGCCGCAGCUGCUGUCUUUGAAGCCUGCCCAGGCCAGGCUGCCAGGAAAGCCAAGCGGACACCGGCCCCCAGGCCUGGCGCCCGGGGAACCCCCAUGAAGGGAAGAUGGCAGAGAGGAAACAAGGAAUACAAAGGCCUUAAAGGACACGGACCCUGAUCCCCAGCAGAAUGUUCUGCGCUGGGGUGCUCUCCAGAUUGAAGCCACUGAGUCUUGGUUGUGACCUGGCCGACGAGCUGGAGUUUAAUCCCACUGUUUCCAUUUCUUGUCAACUUAGGUCACCAAGUUACUGAACCUUAA